UAGAGCUCCAUGGUGACGUUGUUGUCGUGCGCGCUUCACGGACACUUGCAUGAUCAACAGGUGCUCUACAGUAGAGGCUCUGGUCACACAAUUUCUAGAAGCCUAAUUUAUAACCAACUAGGUGUGUUUCAGACCAAACCGAUAGCGUGCGAUACAUUGAUAUCGUUCGGUGUUGUUAAUGAGCGGAUUUGGAUAAGGUGUGGCACAGAGUCCCCUGAGACUCCCCCCAGGUGCAGGCAGCGGAGGACGCGCACCACUUCCCCCGACACCCCCUGCUGUUACACAGAGGAGGACCCCCGGGCCCCGCCGGAGACUCAGAAAGAUGAACUGGGGCUUUUUGGAGAACCUUCUGAGCGGGGUGAACAAGUACUCUACAGUGAUCGGGCGCAUCUGGCUUUCCGUGGUCUUUCUCUUCAGGAUCUUGGUGUACGUGGCAGCGGCCGAGCAGGUGUGGAAGGAUGAGCAGAAGGAUUUCGUGUGCAACACCCGGCAGCCCGGCUGUGAAAAUGCUUGUUUCGACCACUUCUUCCCCAUCUCGCAGGUGCGCCUCUGGGCCCUGCAGCUCAUCAUGGUGUCCACCCCAUCACUGCUGGUGGCCCUGCACGUGGCCUACAGGGAGCACCGGGAGGCCAAACACAAGCGCAAACUGUACAAGGACAAAGGGAGUAUUGAUGGAGGUCUGUUCUGCACCUACAUCAUCAGCCUGGUUUUCAAGAUAUCCUUCGAGGUAGGCUCCCUGCUUGCUUUCUACUUCCUGUACAAUGGCUUUGAGGUGCCCAUGCUGCUCCGCUGUAGCCAGAGUCCCUGUCCCAACACGGAGGACUGUUACGUUGCUAGAGCCACAGAGAAGAAGAUCUUCCUCUACAUCAUGGCCUGCACAUCCAUACUGUGUAUCACUCUGAAUUUUGUAGAGCUCAUGUACAUUGUAUGGAAGCACUUGUGGAAGUGUUUCACCAGGCGGUACAUCCCUAUAGAGGAGAAGACUGCCAGGCACCGCCAGUCCCAUGUUUCCAUCGUCAGCAAGAGUGUCUCCGCUGAGCCCACAGUAAACACAGAGGACAGCAUCACACAGCCUACACCCACUGCUGAAAACCAGCCAGUCUAGUCCGUGAGGGCUGGGACGGGGCUCAUGUUACCACCUCAAAGCGAAACCACAGUGAAAAUCUUGUUUGCCUGACAAACUAAUAUGGAUUCUGCUCACAAGUGAGCAAAAUAGCGAAGAGAUAUAUAAAUAAACAGUAAAGAAUGCAAAUAAAAGAUGUAUCAUUAAACUUGGUCUAACUCCAGACUGGAUGAAAUCGCCAGUCCCAUGGCAUGAAAAGU